UUUAACUAUUUUCUUACCCUUUAUGUACUGUGUCGAAUCUAAGCCAUUGAAUUCUAAAAAUUGCUCAUUUUAUAACAUCGAAGGGUCAAUAUUCUUUAGAGGUUUUGAAAACCUCAAACAGGUUUUACAUAAAAAGCCUUCAUUAUUAUUGAAAUUUUUUAGAUGUAAAUUUUUGUCACGUCAUUCUAGAGACAAAUUCGUGAUAAUUUGUCAUGAUACAGAGCACUGCUCUUUCCUUUAUGUCUCGUUCGCUCGCUCUUCGAUGCGCAACUCCAGGAAGCUAAAGGCACGUAAUCUCAGUUUGGAGCCUCCAUUUUUCAGAUUUAGUCCAUGGGUUCUCUACUGUCUUCUACUAUUUCACUUUGAGUUAUGAGAUGACAAUAACGAAGACGCAUUGUCGUUUCACACAUAUGCCUCUCGCCGUUGCCCCCAUUGUUGCCCUCCUACUUUGCUUUUCUCUACCUCUUGUUUAUUCUUCUAUAGAGGCUUGUUCUUCGAAAUCUGAGCCCUUUAGAUCUCCAUCUCUGUGCCCUCCGUUCACUUCAACUCCUACGUUCCCGUUCUCUUCCUCACCUGGUUGUGGCCACCCUUUUUUCCAAGUCAAAUGUUCAACUCCUCACUCUCUCAUAUCAAUCAAUCACCUUUCAUUUUCAGUCCUCCGCUACGAACCCAAUUCCUCUUCUCUUCUUCUCUCCCCUCUUCCCCUCAUUAACUCAACUGGGCGAUCUUCUGAAUCUUCUGCAAAUAAUUGCUCAUCUUUUCUUCAAUUUCUCUCGAUCCCGAACCGAUCCAUUAAUCUUUCCGGGUCGCCGUUUCGGGUUUCUGACGUUUCUUGUUCUAGGCUUUCCUUCCUUAGGCCUUGCGCCGGUCCUGUUCUCCCAAACUGCAGCCAUUGUCCUUGGGAAUGCAAGCUCAUUAAAAACCCAGCACGGCUUCUGCACGACUGUGGAUCGGUUCACCAUCGAGUUUCUCAACAAGGUUGCCACAGUGAUGUUUUAGGGUAUCUUGACAAUAUUUUGAAAUUGGGGAUCGAGCUCGAGUGGGACGAAGUUCAAGAUGCUUACUUCUCACAUUGCAGAGAUUGUCGUGCCCAAAAUGGAGUGUGCGGAUUCAAUUCUUCGGACCCAAAUAAACAGUUUGUCUGUUUUCGAUCUCGAGGUCGGUUUUCGCCGCCAUGGAUUAGCGAAGACAACCCGAAUCGAAUAGCUAUUUUGAGCUCAGUUUUCGUUUUGUCUUGUGCUGUUCUUUUAACUCUGAUUGUUUUAGCGAUUUUCCGGUCCAAACGGCUCAAGUCCUCGGAAACUUGGGAAGACCCGACGACCCACUUCCUUCAUCGCCAUCGCUCAGCUAGUCUUCUUCCGCUGGUUUUCACCUUCGAAGAACUCGAAGCCUCGACCAACCGGUUCGACCAAAAACGGAAAAUCGGCGAUGGCGGGUUCGGUUCCGUCUAUCUCGGUCAGCUCUGCGACUCUCGCAUCGUGGCUGUCAAAUACCUUCACAACCAAAUCGCUUCUGCAGGCAGAGCCUUCUCCAACAAGUCCUUCUGUAACGAAAUACUGAUCCCUUCUUCCAUUGAUCACCCGAAUCUGGUAAAGCUCCAUGGCUACUGCAGCGACCCAAGAGGACUUCUUCUGGUUUAUGAUUAUGUCCCAAACGGAACUCUUUCUGACCACCUCCAUGGUCCGAAAAGCUUGUACCAGAAAGGAUCUUUGACAUGGCAGGUAAGGAUCGACAUAGCUCUGCAAACUGCUUUGGCUAUGGAGUAUCUGCACUUCUCAGUUGUACCGCCAGUUGUUCACAGAGACAUUACGUCAACAAAUAUAUUUGUAGAGAAAGAUAUGAGGAUCAAGGUUGGUGAUUUUGGGCUGUCAAGGCUUCUGGUACUUCCAGAAAACUCUUCCUCGUCAGCUGGGUUUGUCUGGACUGGCCCCCAGGGGACUCCCGGUUACUUGGACCCGGAUUAUCACCGGUCUUUCCGAUUGACAGAGAAGAGUGACGUGUACAGCUUCGGCGUCAUCUUGUUGGAGCUGAUAACGGGUAUGAGAGCGGUCGAUCAGCGAAGGGAUAAGCGGGAAAUGGCCUUGGCGGAUUUGGUGGUAUCCAAGAUCCAUACGGGUCAGCUUCACCAGGUGGUUGAUCCGGUUUUAGCAAUGGAGGGCGACGCCGUUAACGGUGUCGAGGCUGUAGCUGAGCUGGCGUUCCGGUGCGUGGCGGCCGACAAAGACGACCGUCCCGAUUCGAAGGAGGUGGUAGAGGAACUUAGGCAGAUUAGGAGCCGCGCACGUGGGAUCCAACGAGGGACGAACUCGAAUGAUGCUGGUGAUGGUGACGUGGCAAAGGGUUGAUUUGAUUUUGAUUGGUGAGGUGGGUGAGAGGUCAAAUGCACGUGUGUAAGCAUUGACUGAUGACUGGAUAUUUGUGCCAGUAAAGUGUUUUUGAACUCCAUACAAUAUAUAUAGAAAGUUUCCAAUA